UUGCUGUGUGCCUCCCGGCUACGGUUGGAUCCCUGCGUGCCUCGCGGCAAUGUAUCGGUUGGUGGCCUGGAGGGUGGGGGCCACUGCACCACCCAACCUGCGACGACUCAGUCUAACACACCAUCAUCAGUGUGCUCUGUGCUGUCUUCCCAAUUCCAGAAGCGACCUGCUUACGUAUGUGAUGUAUCUGAAAAGCAAUUGGAUGGCAUGAGGUGAAGAAACUGGUAAGAAUGGUGAACAUAGGCAGUGAGCCAUUGGUAUCAGAAGAGCCGAACUUCAGUGCCCAAGCCAGAAAAGUGGACUGGACUAUCAUCAUCCUCACAUGCCAGUACAAAGACAGUCUACAUGCCUUCCAGCGAGAGCUUGAAAUCCGCCAGCGCAGAGGGUCUAUUGCCCCUGGUGUGCUCCUGCUUACUGUUGGAGACCCAGGGACUCAUGUUGGCAGUGGAGGUGCAACUCUCAAUGCCCUGCUGGUAGCUGCUGAAUACCUCAGUGCCAGGGAAGGAUAUACGGUUGUGACCUCUGAUGUACUGCAGACAGCACGACUACUAAUCCUCCACAUGGGUCGAGACUUUCCUUUUGAUGACUGUGGCCGCUCAUUUACCUGCUUCCCGUUGAAAAACCCCACGGGCAGUGCAGAGGCCCUAGUCUGUAACAUCGAUGUUCUGCUGCACAUUAUGACACAUAAGCUGGGACCAGGCAGUCCGCCGGGUGUAUGGGUCUGCAGCACAGAUAUGAUCCUGACUGUGCCCUCCUACCCAGAUAUUUGUUGGGACGGGUUCAGUGGUGUUAGAGUGAUAUCUGUACCUGGGACUGUCAGUUAUGCCAGGAAUCACGGUGUCUACCUCAUUGACCAGGAGGGUUACAUCUGUGACAUCAUCUAUAAAGGGACAGAAGAGAAGAUAAAGGAAUGUGGACUACUGGACGGCAGAGUUCCUCUGGUAUCGGGUAUUGUGUUCUUCUCAUCGAAGACUGCGGAGAAACUCCUGGCUAUGCAUGUCAUACCUCCACUGGAUGGUUGCACCUACAUGGGUCUGGACUCAGGGGCUCCUUCGGUUCAGCUGUCUAUCUUCUUUGACAUCCUGCUCUGUAUGGCGCGCCGAGUUGGCAGGGACGUGUUUGUGGACGGAGCGAGAAGGACCCUGCAGAGCAGCGAGAUCACUCCCCCCAGCACGGACGUGACGACCAUGAGCAGUGCCAGGGCUGUGCUUUGGCAGGAGCUCCGAGGGAUUCCCGUCACUGCAGUCCUUGUAACUGAUGGUGGUUAUGACUACAUGAGCCUGUCACCUGAUGAUCAUAUACAAAACCUGACUCAGAGAGGGAACAUGUCUGACUGCUUCGUGAAGCAUAACAUUGUGUACUCUAAGCUGACGCACCCUGCCCUGCUGGACCAGGAUUGUUCGGUCAUCAACAGUCUCCUGGACGGAGAGAUCAGAGUGGAGGCACACAGUGUUGUCCAACACUGCCACCUGGAGGGGACCAUUCAUUUAGGGUCCGGUUGUCUUCUGUCAGGGGUGGAUCUUCUGUCAUCACCCGCGCUCCAACGAUACCGGCUCCGUGAUGUCAUCCUCCAGGGUCACCACAUUACGCUGAGGGGCCUGAAACUGAAGACAUUCACCAUUGUGGGACGUCUGGAUGACCUGCAGGUGCCUUUCAGCAGUAGCUCCUCAACCUUCCUGAAUGUUCCAUGGUCCACAUUCUUUGAAAGAACUGGAAUCAAGAAGGAGGAGGUGUGGGCUCCUAGCCAAAUGGAAAACAACCUCCUCAGUGCUCAACUCUUCCCAGUCUUGCACGCAACCGAGCUUGUUGGGAUGGAGGACGUGUUGUGGCUGCUCGGACAGCCGAGCGGGCAGGAUCUGAGGAGAUGGCAGUCUGCCUGGCGCCUGUCAAUGAGGGAGAUUCUGAACUGCCUGGACCAGCAGGCCGAGCUCAGCUGGAGGCAGCAGCUCUUCCUCGCCCAAACCCAGAGCCAAGUGCAGAGCAUCCUGUGCACUCGCAAAGACAGCAGCCUCUGCCCUCUCAUUCAAGCAGCCAUCUGUGAGGGGCACGAGGAGGAAAUACUACGUACACUUGAUACAGUGGCUGCCACCACCAGCGACCCAGGGGUUGCAGCUCGCACUCUUGCCUGUGUGGCGGACGUGUUGGGCUGCAUGGCUGGGGGACGAGGUGGUCUGCGGAGUGGGCCCGCCGCCAAUCAGGCCUGGUCGGAAGCCUUCCGGCUGCUGGAGAGCAGGGAGCUGGCGCUGGGAGUGAAGAAGCUGGCAGAGGAGCGGAGCAAGUGGCUGAGCAGACCUGACCUGCUUGUGAGAGCUGCCCGUCACUACGAGGGGGCAGAGCAAAUCCUGAUCCGACAGGCUGUCAUGACGGCCCGUCAGUUCAUCUCAAUGAGGGAGGCGGAACUUCCUCCCAUGAAUCACUGGUUGAUUGCCGAAUGCCCAGCUCGUAUCGAUUUUUCGGGUGGCUGGAGUGACACACCACCCAUCACGUACGAGCACGGGGGAAUGGUGCUGGAUGUUGCUGUCCGAGUGGAUGGGCAGAAGCCGAUCGGAGCAAAGGUGUGCCGUACCCCAGAGCCAAAGCUGCGGCUGGUCAUGAGCCGAGGGGACAGGGAGCAGGGGAUGCCCUUGGAGAUAACAUGCCAGAGCCUGGACGAUCUGAAGGACUACUGCCAACCCCAUGCACCAGGAGCUUUGUUGAAGGCAGCCUUCAUCUGCACAGAAAUCAUCCAGUACCCCUCCCAGGUGUCUCUGCAGGAUCAGCUGAUGACAGGGUUUGGCGGAGGCUUUGAGCUUCAUACUUGGUCCAGCCUGCCGCAUGGAUCUGGCAUGGGUACAAGUAGCAUCCUGGCAGGUGCCAUCGUGGCAGCCCUGAUCUCGGCUGCUGGGAAGUCCUGUGAUACUGCCUCCAUGAUCCACAUUGUUCUUCAUCUGGAGCAGAUCCUGACCACAGGUGGAGGUUGGCAGGAUCAGGUCGGAGGGCUGGUGCCGGGGAUCAAGCUCAGUUGCUCCAAGCCCCAGCUGCCUCUCCAAGUGGACAUUGAACGGAUCCCAGUGACGGGCGAGUUUGUGCGGACCCUAAAUGACCACCUGCUGCUGGUGUACACGGGGAAGACGCGGCUGGCCCGCAACAUCCUGCAGGACGUGCUGAGGAAUUGGUAUGCCAGGCUGCCCAGCAUCGUGCAGAACACAGACGCACUGGUUAGGAAUGCAGAGGAAUGUGCGCAAGCUUUUAUCAAAGGUGACCUCUCCUGGAUCGGACGGUGCUUGAAUACCUACUGGCAACAGAAGAAGUGCAUGGCUCCUGGGUGUGAGCCACUGGCAGUCCGGGAGAUGAUGACAAUCCUGCAGCCCCAUGUAUAUGGGCAGAGCUUGGCUGGGGCAGGAGGUGGAGGUUUCCUUUAUCUCUUGACCAGAAAACCUCGGCAGAAAGAAGCAAUCAAGAGGAUACUGACAGCAAGUGAGGGCUUGGGGAACUUCAGCAUCCAUGAGGUGGAAGUUGAUGAGACAGGACUCACCGUGCGCAUGACUGGACCAGAUUGACACUCAUAUCCCACACCACUUACCUAAGAUACCUGUUUCUACUUGACCAACCAAAACGUUCCAUCAUGAAUUAAGGAAAACGACUUGUUUACAUCACAAUUCAAGGCAUCUGUUAUUAUUAGUUUUGGUUUGUAUAGUUAAUUCUUAUGAGAUGACAAAUAAAUCAGAACUUUGCUAUAGCUGCCUCACACAUCAAAAGAAGUUAACCUGAAGUAAAUACUUUUUCUACAGUUCAGACAGUGAUGGGAUGAAGCAAAUGAAGUGCGAGUGGCUUGCAAUUUGAUUCAUAGUUCAGGGUUAAGUUAAAGGAUCUUUCUGCUUUGUACAAAAAGAGCAAGAACGACAAUGGAGUAGAAGGAUUAAACAUUUUUACUGAGUCAUGUUGGCCAUGGUACACGCUGGGCAACUUAUAAUGAGGGAGCGAUGAACCGUGUCCACCGAGACGAAAACGUGUACCUUCGAAAGCCUGUGCAACAAGAGAGAGAGAGCACUCCAUACGCAGAAGGAAUACAUGCGUCGGCUAUUUUGUAAAUGGGGAGAAAAUUCGGAAAUCAGAAGUGCAAAGGAACCUGGAGCCCUCGUACGGGAUUCCCUAAAGGUUAACUUGCUGGUUGAAUCACUGAUAAGAAAGGGUAAUUGGUGGAAACAUACAGAAUUCGCCACCACCAACAUUUGAGUUGGGGUUCACUUUAAGAGGUGGGUCAGGGAUAAUUUUGUAAUUACGUAAAGUACUUUUACCUCACUUUGUGAUGGAUUUCAAUAAAUGAGUUGUUACAGCUUU